AUGAGCCUAAUCUUUGUUCUCUCUUCGAUCUUUCUGAUGUCUAGUCGAGUUUUGGGAUGUGUAGAUCUCACCAAUCCCAGCACUGGAGUCUCGGAUUGCCCCAGCAAAGCAUAUCUUUGCACAAAUUCUGCCUAUUAUUCAUUGAUGACUACACAAUGUCCAAAAACUUGUGGAAGAUGUAACUCAACUUCUAGCACAUCUUCAAGCUCUACGAGUUGCUCAGAUCUUACAAAUCCCUACACCGGAACUUCAGAUUGUCCAAGCAAGGCUUAUCUUUGCAAUAACUCCCUUUACUACACUUUGAUGACUACACAAUGCCCAAAAACUUGUGGAAGAUGUUCAACAAGUUCAUCUUCAACAUCAGCCACAUCAACAACAUCAGCUGGAACUUGUGCAGAUUUGACAAAUCCAUCAACUGGAACUUCAGAUUGUCCAAAUCGUGUUGCUUAUUGUACCAAUUCAGCAUAUUUGGCUUUGAUGAAAGUUCAAUGCCGAAAAACUUGCGGAUUUUGUUCGUAG